AUGAGCGAAGGAGAGGUUUUCCACGAGAAGCAGCGACUGGAGCUGUGCGCCAUCCACGCGCUCAACAACGUGCUCCAGGAGCGGGUGUUUACCAAGGAAACUGCAGACGACAUCUGCAAACGGUUGGCUCCGCAGUGUGUGGUCAACCCCCAUCGCUCUGUGUUGGGGACAGGCAACUACGAUGUCAAUGUUAUCAUGGCGGCAUUACAGAGCAGAGACCUAGCAGCUGUGUGGUGGGAUAAACGCAGGCCGGUGCAGAGCCUUUGCAUCUCCAGAGUUCAGGGCUUCAUCCUGAACGUCCCUUCUUGCGUGUCGUUUGGCAUCCUGUCCCUGCCUCUCCUGCGCCGACGUCACUGGCUGGCCGUCCGCCAAGUCAACGGGCAUUACUACAACCUGGACUCCAAGCUAAAAAGUCCAGCGUGCAUCGGAGGGGAAGCGGAACUAAGGACUUUUCUGAGCGAGCAGCUGUCUCAAGAUGUGGCUGAGAUGCUCCUUGUGGUACAGCGAGAGGUGGAGGAGGACGGCUCCUGGUUGAACCCUGACAUUCCGUGUAACGGGGCAAAGAGUUCAGUGUGA